AUGGGAAAGAAGAAUAAGAUGUGGGAAAAGCUCUCGAAUUUUUCAUGUUAUUUCCAAUCUGAACUUGUUGACGACUGGUUUGAAAUGAAAAGCGCGAAGGGCACACGAGUUGUCAGGACCACAUCUGGAGGAAGAAGAGGAGCACCUAAGAUCGAAUUGCGAUUCAUCGAGAAGCCGGAAAGGGAUCGAGGGCGAGCUGUCCAAGGCGAUUCACAGAUGAAGGAGCAGGUGAGGCGAUCCACAGAUGAAGGAACAGGUAAGGUUUGCCGACAAUUUUGCCCCAAGCUGGAAGAGUUGAUAAUCAGCGGCUUAAAGACCUCUUCAGUAAAAGAUGGUUUGGCAAAUCUCGAUUUCGGCAUCGGAGAGCUUGCUGAGGAAUUUGCUGCAUUAUCAUCUUUGACACCACCACCAACGCCAGCUUCGUCGACGAGCCCACCACGCACCAACAUUGGCGAUGGCGUGCCACCAUUGGCUUCUGAAGCUGAGAUCUCCAAGCAUGCUCCAGAAGCACUCACAACAACGACGAAUCCGACAAAUGGCCUUCUGCCGACUCCGCUACAGGACAAUCUGCUCUCAUCAUAUCAAAUCCCAAGUCUCGCUGCCCUCGACUUGACUCUUCCCCAGAGAUCCCCAAUGAACGUGUCGGCGCAGAUUAUGCUUUCAACUGGUUCCAAUGUCGGUCACAGUUCGGGAAUGCUUACUUCUGCCAACAAUAACAGCCUUAUGUCGUCGUCGACUAACUCGGUGAGCAGCUCCAGCAGUGGCUUACCACUGCUACUGUAUAGAUCACCAUGGCCGCGUCGUCCUCGACUCGUUCGACGCUAUUUGUACUGGUGUCGAGUACUGGAAAUGAAACGCCGUCGACCGAUGUGCCGUUUUUGCUACGAACGCUACGUCCAUAUGUGUUUGGAUACGCAUGAGCCAAUUCCGUCAGCGUACGAUCGUGGAAUGUGGCAUGGACAUAGUAUGAAGCAGCGUGGAUUAGUUACAUGCCCCCAUCUUUGGGCUACAGUUUGCCCGCAUUGUGGAGCGAGUAAGCAGUUUGCUCAUACUGAAGACUAUUGCCCGCUGGUGCGUAGAAACUUCGUGUACCCUCCUAAUAACCACAAUCAUCAGCGUACCGCACCAGAGGGUGAGUUUAUUCUUUCUCAAUCAGAAUCUGCCAGUUGCAGCUUAAAAAUUUUUUAUGAGCAAGAACGACCUCACUCAGCACCAUACCUUAGUCUAAGGCUGUCCAUCACUUUUUUUUUCUUCAAAACUUCAAGUUUGCUUAAUUAUGUGAUUUAAAA